UAUAGGAAGAGGGAAAGCACAUUUCCCAUACUAUAACCUACCUCGGGUUGCCCUCUUUGCUGAUCGUGGCUGUGCUGACAGUCAGGCUGCUGCGAAACAUGGCUGCCAAGCAAACCAACCCAGGGCACAGAGGAUCUUCAGUGGGUAAUUCAUCGAGCGCCGCCAACAUGCGAACGGUGAAUGUGGCUCUUACACUUCAUUGUGCUGUGUUCACCAUCUUCUCCCUGGUCCAGUAUGCCAUCUUCUUCACGGCACGAUCGAAUAAUGGAGUGCAGAAGUUCGAGAUAGGACUGGCCCAGCUGGCAGGUUCAAUUGGGGCUGCUGCCAAAACUCCUUGCUACCUGGCCAUGGCUAAGAUGAGAAAAGCCAUGUUCAGAUCGUUCACCGGACGCAUAUGCGGCCACUGAUACGGCUGACCCGGUUGAUCUAGAGAGUGCGUGUAUGUCCAACACUGCUACG